AUGGCUGAUCAACUGUCCAACGAGCAGAUCUCCGAGUUCAAGGAGGCCUUCUCGCUGUUCGACAAGGACGGCGAUGGCACCAUCACGACGAAGGAGCUCGGCACGGUGAUGCGCUCGCUGGGCCAGAACCCGACGGAGGCGGAGCUGCAGGACAUGAUCAACGAGGUGGACCAGGACGGCAGCGGCACCAUUGACUUCCCCGAGUUCCUGACGCUGAUGGCCCGCAAGAUGCAGGACUCGGACUCGGAGGAGGAGAU